AUGAAGUUAGCGCUGCCGUCCUCAGCCGCCCUCCUCCUCAAGGGGUUCCGGUCACCGUACUUCUUCACCAUAACGGCCCUCAUUCUGUUCAUGACAAUCCUCUACAACGAGGACUACCGCGCUUACCUGAGAUCGUCAUGGACAACAAAGAAGGGGGAAAAGCUGGCUUUCGCGGUGGGGGAGGCCGAUAGCAGCUGCGACGUCUUCAGUGGGCGGUGGGUGUGGGACGACCACCACCCGCUCUACGAGGAGGCCGAAUGUCCUUUCCUUUCUUCACCCAAUGUGUGUCAGUUACACGGCCGCACCGACACGGAUUACCAGCAUUGGCGAUGGCAGCCUCAAGCCUGCUCUCUUCCAAGUUUCAAUGCGUCACUAAUGCUAGAUACUCUUCGAGGAAAGAGAAUGAUGUUUGUGGGCGACUCUCUAACUUUGGGCCAGUUUUAUUCGAUGGUCUGCCUUGUACAAAAGUUCAUACCGUCAAACAAUGCAAAAUCCAUUACCAUGGAAAUGAACCGUUCGCUCAAAGUUUUCACAGCCAAGGAUUACAACGCUCGUAUAGAAUUCUACUGGGCGCCAUUUCUACUCGAGUCGAAUGCCGACAAUCCAAAGAUACACAGAGUAAAACAAAGCGACAGAGUUGUGCGAAAGGACUCCAUCAACAUGCACGGCGAUCACUGGAAAGGAGCCGAUAUAAUGGUAUUCAGCACCUAUAUCUGGUGGAGGACAGGUCUCAAGUUCAAGAUACUACAGGGAACCUUCGACGACGAAAACAAUGACAUAGCGGAGGUGGCGACCGAGGAGGCUUAUCGCAUGGCGAUGAAGGGCAUGCUGCGGUGGGUUAACAAAAACAUGGAUCCGAAUAAGACGAGAGUCUUCUUCACUAGCAUGUCGCCCGUGCACGAAAGUGCUAUUGAAUGGGGAGGUGAUGAGAAGGGAAAUUGCUACAACCAGACAGUGAUGAUAGAUGAUGCUAACUACUGGGGCUCGGAUUGUAAGAAGAAUGUGAUGGCCGUGAUAGAGGAAGAGUUCAGGAAGUCGAGAUAUCCGAUAACGUUGCUCAACAUCACGCAGAUGUCGAGCUAUAGAAAGGAUGCGCACACUUCUAUUCAUAAGAAGCAAUGGGACCCUUUAACGCCCGAGCAGCUGGCCAACCCGGUGAGCUACGCGGAUUGUGUUCAUUGGUGUUUGCCUGGACUUCAAGAUACUUGGAAUGAGCUUCUCUUUGCUAAGCUUUUUUAUCCUUGA